AUGCAACAGAGCCGGUGUCAGGUACGGUGGGUGGUCAGUGUCUGUGGCAGUGACUUUUCUGAGAAGGUACACCGAGAAAAUUAUGCUUCAUUGUGUGCGGAUCGAGCUUGGAGAUAUAUGCAAACCGAGCCUUCUUGCUUGAAGGCACUCACUGGACGAAGAUGAAGUUAGCGAUUGUUAUUGUCCUUUGCGGACUGGCCGCUCAGACUCUGGCGCAGGCUGACACAGAGCCCCGUGUGUCCACCAAUGGAGGUUCAUUGACAUUCAGCGCCGGCAGGAAUGGUGAUAUCGCUUUCAAAACAGGCUCUGGCGGAUCUCUGUACCUGAAUGGUGGACAGAUACAAUCAGCUGCUGACUUGAAGGGUGCCAAGGGUGAUGGCGGUGCGAAAGGUGAAGUUGGUGUUGAUGGUACGAAAGGAGACCAAGGUAUCGCUGGUAUCGAUGGUGCAAAGGGAGAUUCAGGCAUCGAUGGACAGCAAGGCAUCAAAGGAGACAUGGGAGUAGCAGGUGUGAAAGGUGUGAAAGGUGACGGUGGCAGCGCAGGAUCAAAGGGAGACAUGGGAAUGAAGGGAGAGACUGGUACUAGCGGUGUCAAUGGAAUCAAGGGUGCCGCUGGUGUACAGGGACCUAAGGGUACAGCUGGUACAAAGGGUACAUCCGGUGACAAGGGAGAAGUAGGACCACCCGGCCCCACAACUGUUGUUGGCGGCGGAGGCGGUGAUGGUUGUCUUGUGGGCCUUCUCCCUUCAUGCCCAUACUGGCUGAAUUCCGACAGCCCUGUCCUCCAGGCCAAUACCAUAAAUCAGAUCCUGUCACUGGCCACUGGCAAUAUGGAGAAGUACUACCAUCCAAAAUACGAAGCCAGCUUUACAUGCAAGUUCUAUGGUCUGAGCUCGGCACGAACCAUGUUCUCCAAAAAGGCUGCCCUUAAGCCCGCAGUUGAUCCUGAAACUGGCAAGUUGUUCUAUACAGUCAACUGCUCUGUACCAAACUGGUCACUGCAGCCGUCCACAGGCGGCCCGCCAGUAACAGAGGAGAUCGCCAACGUGACACUUUGGUUCCAGGACACCACGGAAGUGCAGUUUGCAGGAAUGGGAACAUCCAACCAAGUUCAGUUCUCAGUUGGUUGGUUUAACACCACUACGCAGGCUGAUGGCUCUGUGAUGAUUUAUGGCGUCGGGUUCAAUGUAUCUGCAUCGUUCCUCUGUCAGUUCUCUAAUACAACGUCACUGGGUGUGAUGCUGCAUGUCAAUGCCACCACACAGCUGGCAUCAAACAGCAGCUACAUUCGCUGCAAACCACCACACUGGAACUUCACUGGCGAUUCCAGAAUCAACGUUUUGACUCAGGUGCGUGUCUUUGAAGAGGAUCGCGUGACAAAGGCAGUUCUCUAUGAAGUCCCGUUCCGUGGCACACCAAAGAAGGAUGACCUCUACACCUACUACCGGUGUCGUGAUGGGGUCAAUAACGGAGCUGAAACCGACGUGGAUUGCGGUGGGCUGUGCCCGAAUCUCUGUCCACAUGGCGCAAAGUGUAAUGUGGACUCUGACUGCGUCGCUGGCACUUGCUCGAAAACGCUGAAGCAAUGUUUAUCGCUCGGACAGUCUCCAACAUCUCCGGCACCAAGUUGCCAGGCCAUAACGUAUAAUUCAAGUGGUAUAGCCUGGAUCAAGUGGGCUGGCGCCAGUGGUGGAUCUGUGCAGACCUAUUGUUUGUUGGACAAGUCAAUCGAUGGUGGUGGAUGGACCAUGGUAUGGAAGCACUCCUACUUUGAGGGACCGUACAAAACCCGCCUCAAUGAUAUGCGCUCCUACAGCAGUUACUAUGAGCCAUGCCUGGGUGUACCCACAUCCACAGGAACCUGGUGCAACAUUCCCAACAAGGUACAGACCGGUUACAAGGAGCAGAUGGUCAGUGCUUACCACAAGGGCAAGCUGGUAUACGCCUACAAAGCCAAUAUCAACUCUCAGCUGGGAAAGUCCAAUCCAGGUGUGUACCUGACGUCCACCAACAGGGUAUAUGACAACUGCGGUUCGAGUGUCGGAAUCCGUCCUAGCUACUCCAUUGGAGGCGGCUCUACACCAGGAAUUACAUUUGACAAGGCCUCGCCGGACGACUUUCACUCCAACUGUGAUACGGAAUGGAAUAGCUACGUAUACGACUGUCGCUGGGAGAAUUGCGCGUUGAAGUCAUCCAUUUCCUCAACAUCAUCUCACACACAGAUGACCAUGAUAAUUUGGGUUCGGUAGAUGAAAAGUGCAGCUUUUCAAUCAGCGUGUUGAAAACAACACAACCAGACUUCGUUCUAGGAUAGAUCACGGGUCAAUUGACCAUUCUAUCGUUAAAAUGUUUGAACGUUUUUAAAAUGAUGUUGGAGUAUCAUUAAUUUUUAUUUAUUUUUUUUUAUUUUAUUCUCGUAUCCGUCCCGAAUGGGACUCACGACGGCAGAAUUAACUGUGA